AUGUGGUCGUUCCAAUCCCAGAACGACAAGUUCCAGCAGUACUACCGGUGCUACCCGGUAUCUGCCAUGAAAGGUGAUAAGAAAGCAGCGAACUUUGGUGGCAAAAUCUAUAUACCACAGUCGGCACUGCACAAGUUGACUACGCUGCACAUCUCGUAUCCCAUGUUAUUUGAGAUCCGCAAUGAAGAAUCACACGGCUGCACACAUGCAGGUGUUUUGGAAUUCACAGCAGAGGAAGGGCGGGUCUAUUUACCGGAAUGGAUGUUGGCCAAUCUCAAGAUUAAGGCUGGCGGGUUGGUUCGGAUCUCCUCGGUCAGUCUGGAGCUGGGCACGUUUGUCAAAAUCCAGCCUCAAUCGGUAGAUUUCCUUGAUAUUAGCGACCCCAAGUCGGUUCUAGAAACGUCCUUGAGAAACUUUACCACUCUCACGGUCGACGAUGUCUUCCAAAUUCUGUACAACAACAAAGUUUAUGAUAUCAAGGUACUGGAAGUCAAGCCUGAAACUAGAAGCAAGAGUAUUUGCGUUGUUGAGACUGAUCUUGAGGUUGAUUUUGCUGCUCCUGUGGGCUAUGUGGAGCCCAGUGGCGACAAACCAAGCGCCCCGCCAAAGCUCGCCGGCCAUAUGGCGGAAGCAAUUGGAUAUAAUAACCUUGCUGGUGCUCAGAGUGUCAAAGCUGGCGGACACAGUCUGAGGGAAAGCAAAGCGUCAAGUACGGAACCCACUCCCGUUACUCCUCCUGUCGUGGACUCAUCGAUUUACCAAAAUAGAGACGCACCUGCCUUGGAGCUGGCCUCCAACCAGCUGUUUUUUGGAUUCCCGCUCGUGCCAUUAGAAGACGAAGAAGAGGCUGGAGAAAGCAUCUUCAAGGGUGAAGGGUUCACUCUUCGCAAAAGCAAAAAAAGAAAAGAUAUUUCCUAG